UGCACACACAGCAAGGUCCUUCAUCCUCUGCAUCCUUGUUUUUCACUCUGGAGGGCACAGGAGCACAUCGACAAGGGCAGACUUUCACCAUGAGAUCCAUCUUCAUGCUUCUAUUCUCCCUGUUGUUGGUACCCCAUGGAUCUUCAGCUAUCAUAACUGGGGCCUGUGAGAAGGACUCUCAGUGUGGAGGCGGGAUGUGUUGUGCUGUGAGCUUGUGGAUCCGCAGCCUGCAUAUGUGCACGCCGAUGGGACAGGAAUCAGAUGACUGUCACCCAAUGAGCCACAACGUUCCUUUCUUAGGAAAAAGACUCCACCAUACAUGCCCCUGCCUGCCCAACCUGUCUUGUAUCACUAUAGAAGAGGGGAGAUCCCAGUGCCUCUCUCCAUCGAAGUAUCCAUACUACUUCUGAGCACCAACACAGUUAGAUCUACCCUGUUAGCUGCCUGCACUGUAACAACCCUUUUUCCAUUUUGUGGUCUUACAAUUCAGUUAUAUAUUGAACAUUGCAUCAUAUCAUUUGUUCAGGUUAAAUUAAACUAUGUUCAAAGUAGAAUCUGAGUCAUGGUCUUUACCCUUUUUAUUUCAAAGAAAGUUUAAUAUUAGUAGGAGUUGUGAGGCUGCAAUGCCUCGUUUUGUGUGGACUUUGAUGCCCCUUGUGGGCAAAGUAUGUACUGUGAAGUCCCAUUUAGAGGCACCCAAUCCUGCUUUUGGAGGUUUUUUUUUUAAACGUGAUAAAAACGAGCUAAAUUCAGUAUUCUUUGUAAGAAAAUAAAAGGAGAUGACUAAAUCCAGAUCACUUUUAUUCUGAUUA